AUGCCUUCUGGAUGCAGCGUCUCAAAACUUGAUGCCCAUACAUCUGAAAGUGCAGCACUUUACCUGGAAGAGCAUCAUCACUCGCAGUCCCUCCCCGCAGCCCCUGCCCGUCGCCCCCGCCGCCCGCCCGCCCGGACCCGGACUGACAGCCCGACAGACACCACAACACACGUGCUGCCUCCUCCGCACCACAACACCCGCCCGCCUGUCACCCGCCCCCCGCUACCGGGGCCCCGUCCCCGGACAAUCCCGGCCGUGCCGGGUACCGGGCGUCGGGCCGCGGACAGGGGACUCCGGAGCUCCGUCGGCUGGCGGGAGCCCAGCCCAGCCUGCGACUCCAAGGCCUGCGCCGCCCGCCCGCUCGCUCCUUCUCUUCCUUCCCCCGGGCCUGGGACCGGGACCCGGGCCCCGCCGGCGGGUGGCAGGGCGGAGGGCCCGGGGAGCGCGGGGCCGGGGCCGGGGCCUGGACCAGGCGCGGGCAGCCCGGCGCGCGGAGAAGCGGCAGGGGAAGCCGGGCGCCGGCUCGGCGCGAGGGGGCGGCCGCGGCGCCCCGGCCCGAGGCCUGGCGCAGAGCAGCGGGAGGCGGCGCAGGCCGCGACGGGGCCUGCAGCCGCCCGCGGACCUCGAGGGGCGGCCAGGUGGCUCCCGAGGCAGCUCAGCCGUGGACUCGGCGGCGGAAGGCGGCACCGGGUGCCUCCACAGCUACUUACCGAGGCGGUGAAGAGCCUGGAUCCCGGGGCCCCAGGCCGGACGGCGGAGAUGCCCCAAACUGACACGGCCGCCAUCUUGGAGACAACAAUUCUAGCUGAAGCAGCAAGGGAGAGACAGGAGGAAGCAGAUGCCAGUCAAGAUAAACCACCACCAUGACUUUGACCAUUAUUUCCCCUCAGAUCUUGAUUGAGAAAGCCCAGGACCUUGAACUUGAGGACCUUGGCAAUUUAAAUCACCACCUUGGCUACCAUCUUUCAUGGAAGACUGAAACCAAGUUGUUGGAAAUUACCAGUGCUCCCCAAAGCUACCGGUAAUCCAGCUACUACAGGUAUCCAUGAUGGGAAAAACCACUGUGGAGAAAGGUUCCUUGUUCCUUAACAUCACCAACAAUUGCUGACCAGCUGUCACCAAGAGACAGAGAAGCUCUGGGAGUAUUCAGUCCAGCCCUUACAACCAUUACCUGGGCAAGCAACUCCUGAGGAGAUGGGGUCAGCCUUCUUCAGCAACAGCCAAACAACUGUCUCACAUGGGUCAGCUGGGUGGGCUUAGCUGGAUCAGCAAGCAAGGGGCAGGAGGCAGAAUGUGCCAGCUGCCACCUUGGACCGCCACUUACCUCAGACCCUGAUGGGGUCAAUCAAGGACAAGCAAGAGUCCUGGGAAUAGAGACAUUAAAGCAUAGUAUGAUUAAUCCCUGUGGACCUUAGGGUCUUUCCAUGUGGCUUGCCACUGAAACCUUCCAUUUGUGCUUUCUGCCCCAUUAGAAGGUGAUUUCCAUGAAAGCAAAAAACUGCUUUUUUUGGUUUGUAUCUUAGCACUUAGCACAGUGUUUCGUAUCCAGUAAGCACUCAAUAAAUACUUUCUC